AUGGGCAUAUCGCCGCCCUCUCUCUUUUCCACCAUUUUCUUCUUCUUAAACACCAUCUUUAUUCUUCAAUCCAUAAACUCUAUCAACAGCAGUACUGCUGGUGAUGGCUUUUCGGUUAGUCUGAUCCACCGUGACUCACCUCUAUCCCCAUCAUACAAUCGUUCCAUGACCGCCUAUGAUCGUAUACAAGCUGCUGCUUAUCGUUCUGUCUUGCGCCUUAACCACAUCCACUCACUCACCACCACCUUUUCAUCCUCAGAACAUGAUAUCUCUUGUAGAAUAGUCCCUGAAAAUGGUGAGUACAUAGUGACUUUCUCUGUGGGCACUCCCCCUACCCAAGUACAUGCCUUCAUGGACACUGGAAGUGACGCCAUUUGGGUCAAAUGCUCACAAAGCUCCCCUGUCUUCAACCCUGCAAAAUCCUCCUCUUACGGUUACUACUUGUGUGAUUCCCUUCCCUGUGAGGAUCUGGGGGUAGGUAGGAGAACCUGUGCAGAGUUGCUUGACCCUUGCUACUACAGGGUAAUAUACGGAGAUGGUUCUACAACAGAGGGAACUCUGUCCCGUGACAAGUUUGCAUUUGAAGACCCUGAGAGGAACCUUGUCGAUGUUGGUCACUUGGAUUUUGGUUGUUCUGACUUCUCUUCAUGGCAUUUUCGUGGGAACCAAUCAGGGGCUCUCGGCCUGAGCAGGCAACCCCUGUCCUUAGUUUCUCAACUAGGCAUAAAAAAGUUCUCGUACUGCAUGGUGCUCCCGGACAAUGAGGGAUCAGGAAGCAGGAUGUAUUUUGGCUCAGAGGCAGUGAUCUCUGGUGGGCAAACUCCACUUCUGAAGGGAGUGGAUUGGUAUUACUAUGUCACUCUUAUCGGAAUUAGCAUUGGUGACCAAAAUGUUCCUCUCCCUGAUGGGAUUUUUAAAAUGACAAGUGAUGGGGAAGGAGGGUUUAUUAUUGAUUCAGGCACAACUUACACAUUCCUUAGAUCAGAAGCAUAUGAUGCAUUGAUCGAGGCACUGGGGGAAGCCAUAGAUUUGCCUCAAAGGAGAGGACCAAGCGAAUGGUAUGAGUUGUGUUUUGAGGGAAGUUUUGAGGACUUGGAUUCUGCAGCACCAGAUUUGAAAUUCAUUUUUGAUGGUGCAGAAGUCAUUCUAAUGAAACAAACUACUUACAUUGAAGCAGAGAAGGGGCUUUGGUGCCUUGCCAUGCUGAGGUCCAAUGAAGCGUUGUCCAUACUCGGAAAUAUACAACAACAGAACUAUUUUGUUGGUUAUGACCUUGAACAAGAAGUGGUUUCUUUUGCUCCAGUUGACUGUGCUACCUUCUAGUAGGUAGUGGCCUAACCAACUUCAAUAAUAUUUCUGAUCCUUCCAGACUUUUAAUCAGAAAAACAUACUAGCAAGUCUUUUU